CUUUUCCUUCGCCCGUUUGCUGAACCACCCGGCUGCCGUCAAUCCUGACGACAACGACCGCAACCAUGGCGAGCUUAAAGAGAUCCUUCGAGUCCGACCCGUUUGCCCAGAACAUUUCGAGCAAAGUCUACGUGCGCUCGACGAAGAGUGGCAAGGUGCAGAAGAUUGUGCGCGAGGUUUACCUGCGUCAAGAUAUCCCCUGUUCUUCCAAGCUCUGCAAUGCCUGCCUCAAGAUCGCGCCCAGAGAUGCCGCCAACCGUCCGAUUCCUUUUGUACUCUCAGAGAAGCCCGCCGGCACCAGCGUCUUCACACAGGGCCAUUACAUCGUCCCCGACACCAACGCUUUCCUCAGCGCCAUGGACCUCUUCGAGCAGAGCUCUGCAUUCUACGAUGUAAUCGUCCUACAAGUUGUUCUCGAAGAAGUCCGAGCCCGCUCACUGCCGCUGUACAACCGACUCGUCAGCUUGACCAAGAGCGAAGACAAGCGAUUCUACGUCUUCUUCAACGAGUUCCGCCUCGAGACCUACGUCACCCGCGAAGAGAACGAGUCCGUCAACGACCGCAACGACCGCGCCGUACGCAAAGCAAUCAAGUGGUACAACGAACAUCUUUCCAAGGCAUCCAAGAAGGCACCCGCCGUGGUUAUGCUGAGUAAUGAUCGGGAUAACCUGCGGAAGGCCAAGGAGGACGGUAUCCCGGCCUACUCUCUGGCUAACUAUGUCAGCCAGCUCAAGGAUGGCGAGCAGCUUCUGGAUAUGAUUCCAGAAUUGGAGGAGCGCGAUGCGCUUAUCGAAAAGAAACCCGGACAGUUCCUUUACCCCGAACACUAUACCCUGUCCAAGAUAAACACGGGCGUCAAGAAUGGCUUGCUUCACCAGGGCAUCUUCAACGUCUCGCCUUACAACUACCUGGAAGGCUCCAUCAGAGUUCCUGCGUUCCCCAAGGCGCUACUAAUAUUGGGCAGAGAAAACAUCAACCGUGCCGUUGAUGGUGACUUGGUUGUGGUGGAAGUUCUGCCAAAGGACCAAUGGAAGCAGCCGUCAACCCAGGUCAUUGAGGAGGAGGCUGUCACUAUGAACGAGAAUCCAACGGAAGAGGGAUCUGACCUGAUUUCAGAGAAGGAGCGCAAGGUACUACAAGAAGAGGCCAAGCGGACGUUGGCCAAAACCACCGAAGGUCAUGCUCUGCCAACCGCAAAGGUGGUCGGUGUAAUCAAACGGAACUGGCGUCAAUAUGUCGGCCAUAUCGACCAGUCUUCAGUCAGUUCAUCGGCAGCGCAAGGACGGAAGCAAGACAGUGUCUUUGUCAUCCCGAUGGACAAGAAGAUUCCCAAGAUCCGCCUGCGUACUAGGCAGGUCGCCGAGCUUCUAGGAAAGAGGAUUCUUGUCACGAUUGACGCUUGGGACAGAACAUCUCGCCACCCGACUGGUCACUUUGUCCGGUCUCUUGGUGAGCUCGAGACGAAGGCUGCUGAGACCGAGGCGUUGUUGCUCGAGUAUGAUGUGCAGUAUAGGCCCUUCCCCAAGACUGUCCUUGACUGCCUUCCCAAGGAGGGUCACGAUUGGAAGGUACCUACAAGUAUGGACGACCCGGGAUGGAGAGACCGACAGGACCUUCGCGACCUUCUCAUCUGCAGUAUCGAUCCUAUCGGCUGCCAAGAUAUUGACGAUGCGCUCCACGCUCGCGCUCUCCCCAACGGCAACUUCGAGGUCGGUGUACACAUUGCUGACGUGUCCCACUUCGUGAAGCCCAACAAUGCCAUGGAUACCGAAGCCAGCAUCCGUGGCACAACGGUCUACCUGGUCGACAAGCGCAUUGACAUGUUGCCCAUGCUUUUGGGUACUGAUCUAUGCUCGCUCAAGCCCUACGUCGAGCGUUAUGCUUUCUCUGUCAUCUGGGAGAUGAACUCCAACGCCGACAUUGUCGGAUCGAGAUUCACCAAGUCGGUCAUCAAAUCUCGUGAGGCCUUCAGCUACGAACAAGCACAGCUGCGCAUCGACGAUGCUUCGCAACAAGACGAGCUCACAAACAGCAUCCGGACACUACUUGAGCUUUCCAAGAAGCUGAAGCAGAAGAGGUUGGACGCCGGUGCCCUCAGUCUCUCCUCCCCCGAGAUCAAGGUCCACAUGGAGUCCGAGACUUCCGAUCCCAUCGACGUCAAGACCAAGGAACACCUCCCUACCAUGUCUCUCGUCGAAGAGUUCAUGCUUCUCGCGAACACCAGCGUGGCCGCCAAGAUCUACGAAGCCUUCCCGCAAACCGCCAUCCUGCGUCGUCACGCGGCCCCACCCAAGACCAACUUCGACGAGCUCGCCAACCAGCUGCGCGUCAAGAAGGGUCUCGACCUUUCCGUCGAGUCCUCGCGCGCCCUCGCCGAUAGCCUCGACCUGUGCGUCGACCCCAAGGAGCCCUUCUUCAACACGCUCAUCCGCAUCAUGGCCACGCGCUGCAUGAUGUCGGCCGAGUACUUUUGCUCGGGCACCCAAUCCUACCCAGAGUUCCGCCACUACGGCUUAGCCUCUGAGAUCUACACGCACUUCACGUCGCCCAUCCGCCGCUACGCCGAUUUAGUUGCCCAUCGGCAGCUCGCCGCCGCGAUUGAGUACGAGGCCGUCCACCCGGCCGUCCGCUCCCGUGGCCGCCUUGAGGCCGUGUGCAAGAACAUCAACGUGCGCCACCGCAAUGCCCAGCUGGCCGGCCGUGCCAGCAUUGCUUACUAUGUCGGCCAGGCCCUGCGCGGCAAGGCUACGGAGGAGGACGGCUUCGUCAUGAAGAUCUUUAGCAAUGGCUUUGUUGUGCUUGUGCCGAAGUUCGGUAUCGAGAGCUUGAUUCGUUUGCGUGACCUGGCGGAGCCGGAGCCGGCGGCGACGUAUGAUGCCGAGACGUACACGCUGACCACGACGGGAAGCAGGGAGCUUAAGGUGGAGUUGUUCCAGAAGGUCAGGGUGAAGGUGACGGAUCAGAAGGAUGAGACGACGGGGAAGAGAGGGGUCAAGAUGGAGCUUGUUAGUACUUAUUAGAUUUGGAGAUGGAUGUUUCAAUAUUUGAGAAGGGGUACAGGUUAGGAAUACCCAUGAUGGACUUUUGUAGAGCAAUACAUUGUUUUUU